GACUCUGAGACGGUCUGUGUGCCCCAGUGUGUGAGGUGCCCAGAGCAACUCUAAUCCUCUUCCUCUCCCUUUCUCCCUCCCCCCUUCUCUUCCUCUCUGCCUUUGUCUCUCUGUCUCUGUCUCUGUCUCUCUGUUUCUCUAUCUCUCCCUAUCUCCCUAUCUCUGUCUGUCUAUCUGUCUGUCUGUCUGUCUGUCUCUCUCUCCCCCUCCCUUACCUGAAGCUCCAGCAAUAGGCUGCUGUCACGGCUGCUCGGGUUUGUACUGGCUCUUUUUAGGGCGGGGCGAGGCUGAAGGAUGACAAAGCAAAGAGGAGCUACCCUGGAACCACCUCCGCCUCCGCCUCCUCCGCUGCCUCCUCCUGGGCUGCGUCGACUGCCCAGAGCGGCUGUUAUGGAAACCAGCCUGGCUCGCAAAAGGCGAUAAUGGAGCAGCCAUGGCCAGGGCCAGCAGCAGCGGUGGCGGCGGCGGCAGCAGCAGCUCAGCCCCACCAGAGAGGGCAGGGGGCUCGGACCAUCUGGACCCCUGGGAGCUGUCCCUGGAGGAGGUGCUGAAGUCUUAUGAGCAGCCCAUUAACGAAGAACAGGCAUGGGCCGUAUGUUACCAGUGCUGUCGCGGGCUUCUCGGAGCAGAGCCCGGAGGGGGCAGGAUCCGGGACACAGCCGACAUCCUCCUGCACAAGGAUGGGACGGUCAGCGCACAGCUGGAGCCUGGCUCAGCUGACUCCACAAUGGUGGCACCACCAGCCAACACAGAAGCCCAGAUGGUCCAGUCUCUGGGUUUUGCCAUAUACAGAGCCCUGGAUUGGGGGUUGGAUGAUAGUGAAGAGCGGGAACUAAGUCCCCAGUUAGAGCAGCUCAUUGACCUCAUGGCCAACAGUGACUCCGAAGACAAUGGCUGUGCAGUUGCCGAUGAGGGUUAUGGCGGGCAAGAAGAAGAAGAGGAAACUACUGAGUGCAGUAACCUAAGAGCUGUGUCCACAUUUUCCCAAGUCAUGAAGCUGUGUGCUUCCCGCUUGACAGACUACAGAGAAGCCCAAUCUCAUUAUCAGGCUGUGUGCCGUGCCCUUUUUGUGGAGACUGUGGAGCUGAAGGCUUUUCUCACCAAGAUCCGGGAGGCUAAGGAGAUGCUGCUCAAACUUCGGGAAGAUGAGUCCCAAGCAGAGAAGCCACAAGCUGACCUUGACAACCUUCGGCACAAAGACUGGGCCCGGCUGUGGGUGCAGCUGAUGCGGGAGUUACGUCAUGGUGUGAAACUCAAGAAGGUACAAGAGAAGCAGUUCAACCCCCUGCCCACCGAAUACCAGCUGACCCCCUUUGAGAUGUUGAUGCAGGAUAUCCGAGCCCGAAACUACAAACUACGAAAGGUCAUGGUUGAUGGUGAUAUCCCGCCCAGGGUGAAGAAAGAUGCCCAUGAGCUCAUUCUGGAUUUUAUCCGUUCCCGACCUCCAUUAAAGCAGGUUUCUGAACGAAGACUUCGGCCCUUGCCCCAGAAGCAACGAACCCUUCAUGAGAAGAUCCUGGAGGAGAUUAAGCAAGAGAGGAAACUACGGCCUGUGCAGGGCCCACAUUGGAAUUCUAAAGGUUUUGGGUCCCUACCCUGUAUCUUCAAUGCCUGCUCCAGUGAUGUGAAGUCCACUUCCUGCAUCAACUUGUCCGUCUCCGGUGCUGGAAGCACCUCUCAGCGUCCAGCUCGGCCACGCGUCCUGCUUAAAGCCCCCACCUUAGCAGAGAUGGAAGAGAUGAACAUUUCUGAGGAGGAAGAAUCUCCAAGUGGGGAAAUGAAGAGGACAAGCAGCCCCCUGUUGCCCCUGAAGCGGGACCGAUCCUUCUCAGAACAUGACUUGGCCCAGCUCCAGAGCGAGAUGGCCAUGGGCCUCCAGCCUGACACUGGACACCUGGGAGGGGGGGAGGAGCUGGAAUCCCGACCCCGCUCAGGUAGCAUGCACACAUGGAGGACCGACUCAACAGACCGUGGCUCAUUUCCCCUUAACUACCAGUCCCUGAUGGAAUCCACUUCCCCUGCCCACAGCGCCCUUGGCUCUGUAGAGGAAAGACCAGAGGGCAGUUCAGCCUUGGACAGUCACUCUAAACACCUGUGGCUGGAAUUCAGCCAUCCAGUGGAGAGCCUAGCUCUGACCGUGGAAGAGGUGAUCAAUGUACGCCGGGUACUGGUAAAGGCUGAGAUGGAGAAGUUCUUACAGAAUAAAGAACUCUAUAACAGCCUGAAGAAAGGGAAGGUCUGUUGCUGCUGUAGAACCAAGUUCCCCCUGUUUUCCUGGCCAGCCACUUGUCUCUUUUGUAAAAGAGCUGUCUGCACCUCCUGUAGCAUAAAGAUAAAGAUGCCUUCUAAGAAGUUUGCACACAUUCCCGUUUACACUUUGGGCUUUGAGAGCCCUCAAAAGGCUGUGACUGCCAAAGCCAUGCUGACUCGUAGGAGAGAUGUCUUCCAAUCCCUGCAGGGGACAAAAUGGCGCAGUGUAGAAGAAGAAUUCCCUCACAUCUACGCCCAUGGUUGCAUCCUGAAGGAUGUCUGUAGUGACUGUACUGGCUUUGUAGUGGAUGUCGUCUGUUCCAGCCGAAAGAGUGUGGACGUCCUCAAUACCACGCCCCGGAGGGGCCGCCAGACUCAGUCUCUCUACAUCCCUAACACCAGGACUGCCUGGGACAAGUGAUGAACUUUCCAUUUUUCCUCUCAGCCCCUUACUCAGAUUCUCAGUCCUGGUGACUAGCAGGCCUGAGCUCCACAAGCACUCCCCCUGGGCUCUAUGAUAAGGAGGAGGCAGAGGAAAAAGGAAGAGGAGGAGAGACAUAUCUCUCCAACACUGCCCUGGCCUUGUCAUCAAACUUUCAGUGGUACUUUCUGGGGCCCAAAUUUCGUCUCUUGGGUCAAACUGGAAUGGGGUCCAGUCAUAAGAAACCAUGCCCAUAGCCUUUCCCCCUCAGCACAGCUCCCCCACUUGCCACCACCUCUUGGGUGAAUGAAUUGCCCUCUGAGUUGUGCAUGUACAUAUAUACAUAUAUAGAUACAUUUAUAUAAUAUAUUCACAGUCUAUAUAUUUAUAUACAUUGUUUACUGGGACCUAAGAGUUCUUUUGGGAUCAGAGCUCACCCAGAGGCACUUGGGAUUCCCCCCAGGCAUCUCUGUGGCAGAGGCUGUCUCUCGGACUCUUCUGAAGGUCCAAAGAAAGGAUAUGGUCCUCUCUGUUGCAGUUGACAGAAAAAAAUUGCAAAGAUUAGUUUGGAGAAUAGAAGAGGAAGUGGAUUUUCUUGAGUCCUGAUUAGGAGAAGAGGAUAAAUCAAGGAUAAGAGCAGAAAAAUUGAAGCUGAGAUUUCACUCUAUGGCAACCCUAGCAGACAACUAGGUGACUUUAGGCAAAGAUUUGCCCCUUUGCUAUUUCCUCAAUUACCUUAUUCUCAUCACUGAUAGAGAAAAAGAAUUCCUUUCCCUAGAUAUGAAAGUCUUGGGUUAUGAAAUUUCUUUAUCUCUCUGCCUCUACCUACUUUGGCUUAGACUUAAAGGAUAGAGGACCCUAGUAUAGUGGAAUGGGUUCCACUAGGAACUUUAACUCAGUUGAGAUUCCUUCCUAUGUGAAGCUAAAUGAGCAGUCCCUGGUUCCAGGAGUCUAGCAGGUCUUGACUUAUUUCAGGGCUAUUUAGGGGUGUAGGGGGGGAUAUUGAGAUAUGCACAAGGGACUAGAGACCAAGGGAAGAAUGGUUAAUAAUUGGUUCUAUCUCACCCUUCUUGUGCCUCCUCUCAUUCACUUUCAUAUCCAUCUCUCCUGCUCAGAAGGCUUCUAGAACUUCUUUAAGAAGGAUUUCUCCCUGAUCAACCUCCCUUUGUAUGUUUUGCUUAUAAUAGGGACGGAUGGCUAAGGAAGGCAGCAAUAAUGAAAAGAUCAUGGGAAGCUGGCACAUCCAAUCAUUCAUAGUGCUAAAAUUAGGAUAGUUCCUUUGUCUCCUCACAUAUCUACAUAUUCAUGGCUCAAAUUGGAGUCUUAUUUACCAUAACUCUAAUUUUACUUCUUUCCCUCCAUUCAGGCUCUCUUAUAUGUCUCACACCUUCCUCUCCUCCAUCUGUUGGUUAUUGUCACCAAAAUCCCCCCCCCCCCCUUGCCUAUCACCCUUCAGAACCAUACAGCAGGAGGGAUGCAGUAAUGCUCUUUAGAGUCUAUCAAUCACUAGAGCAGCACAUGUAUAACAUGGGCAGCAGAACCACUCAGUUCCUUCUACUGGCAUCUGGGACGAGUGCUUCUGGGAGUGACUACCACAUUGGUUGGCUUGGGAAGCCUAGCUCCGCAGCGCCCCUGCUGGAGAAUGGACAAAGUGGAUGAAUCUGUUGGUUGUGGCUACUAUACCUCUUGGUGUCUUCCCUUUCACUCUUGUCACCUAGUUGUCCAGAAGAGCUGCAGUGUGCCCCAAGGUCAUGCUGUCUUCCAGUCAUCUGGCACCUCGAUCUUUUUGACGAAGAAAUAAGGGGGUGCCCACCCUCAACUCGCGCCAGAUGGCUUUUGUUAGUUCCCUGACAGAAAUACAAUGUUUGGUCAGUGUACCCUGGGAAGAUUUAGUUGGACACCUGUCUGCAUAUUUAGCCCCAUAGUUCAACCCCAAUAUGAGGGGAAUUUCUCAAGAACUUCCCAGGGAAGAAUUUCUAACCCCAGACCUUGGGAUUUAUCAGGAGAAACCAAACUUGCCGUAGGCACUAAAGCUCUAUCUUUUAAUAUCUGCCUGAAGAGUCUGCAUUUUAAAUCAAGGGGCAUUUUCCCCUCCUUCCUCGGGCCACCCACCACUUAAACUCUCUAGAGUGCUUACCCAUCUUAACUCCUCCCCUUCUUUCCCCCAGUCCACUACCACAUAAACGGUCAUACAUUGGCGUCUAUGCAGCGUCCAAAGUGGUGUGAGAGUGCCAGAGUCCCAGCAGGAUACUCAAAGCCACCGGGCAGUGCAAAAGGAAUAUAUUUACUGUAAAGAUGGAUCCAUUGGGAUCCUCCCUUCUGUAUAUAUGUUGGUUCCUAGCAUAAUAAAGUUUUAUUAGAUUUAAGUCA